AUGGCACUAGCAGGACUUCCGGCGUCCCUCCCAACAGACACCAGGUUCCCGGCCCGCUGCUCCGUCUACGCAGAUGACGUGGCACUCUGGGUCCGGGGACCAAGGCGGUUCAUCCCAGCCAUCAGGAGAUCACUGCAGGUGGUCCUCGAUGCAGUGAUAACCUACCUCGGAGGCAUCGGGCUUAAGGUCUCUGCCACCAAGACCGAGGCCCUGCUGAUUCACCCACUGGCGGCAGCUCGCACCCACGCUGCUGCCACCAAGGUGCGGCGCGUCCAGGGCGCCAUCAGCAGGCUGCAGCUGCGUGGCCGCGGCUGCUCUACCAAGUGGGCCCUCCGGCUCAACCAGGCUGCGGCGUCCUCGGUCCUCCUGUACGCCUUCCCGCUGGUGAACCUGACACCGGCCAGGAGACGCCUGCUGGAGGGACUCCACAGGGGUGCACUGAGGGCCAUCCUGGGGCUUUCCAAAAGCUCACCGGUGGCAGUGACUCUCGCGGAGGCAGGAGAGUGGCCCCUGACGUUACGUAUGCUCCAACGUGCGCUGGGCCACAUCGACCGCCUUCACCACGCCACCGACGGCAGGGCCCUCCUGGAGCGUCUCCGCAGUCAGCCAGGAUCACGGAUGGGAGGCCUCUGCCUGCUGUACCACCAGAUGGUCCCAGAUCCGCCAGUCCCGGUUGCUUCUCCACCACCACACCACCAGCCACCAGAGGUCCACCUCUGCUUGGAAGGGGCAACCAAGAGACGGACGCCUGUGGCCGCACUGCAACAGGUGGCCUCCUGCAAGCUCCAGGAACAACUGGAGGGACGGCUGCAGGUGUUCACGGACGGAUCUGUGAUGACAGACGGGACCGCAGCGGCCGCAUGCGUAAUCCCGUUCAGAGCCAACAGCAGGCAGUGCAGGCUACCCUUCCCGGCGAGCUCCACGGCUGCGGAACUGGCUGGACUGCAUCUCGCGGUAGACCUGUUGGCUGAGGACAUCCCCCUUGAGCCGGCCGCGGUCCUGUGUGACAGCAAGGCGGCCGUGCAGACCCUGGCCAACUCCCGCCGCGCCGGACUGACGGCCUGCCUCCUGACAGCCAAGGUUCGCGCCCUCACCGACGCCGGGGUGUCCGUCGCCUUCCACUGGCUGCCCUCCCACGUGGGCAUCGCUGGAAACGAGAAGGCGGACACACUCGCCAAGGCUGCCCACCAGCCUAGUACUCCCUACUCCUGUGCCGUGGCGGCCAGGGACUAUUCACAGGCCCGUCUUAAGAGGCUCCUCGUCACAGUCCACCCAGACCCGAGGGUGGCCAGCGGGCGAGGACCAAAGCCUCUCCCAGAGACGGGCCUCACCAGGAGAGAACGGGCCUCCCUGUGGCGACUGCGGACCGGCUGCGUGUGGACAGCGGCCCACCGCCACGCCAAGGGCCUCUGUCCCUCCCCGGCCUGCAGCCGUUGCGGAGACCCAGAAACCCUCGAACACCGCCUCUGUGCCUGCCCUGGCUUAGCACAGGAACGCUUGAGGGCCUACACGGCCUACAGGAGACAGGGUCUGCCCGUCUACACCCUGGAAGACCUGCUGUUCCCGUCUCGUCCACAUCCAGCAGCACUCCGCAGCCUGGCGCAGUUCGUGGAGGAAUCAGGAAUUGCUGCCUACCGUUGA